GCGGAGAUCUCUCCCUCCUGCUUUGACAUCUCCAGCGCCGCUUGGCUGCUCUCCGGCCUCUUGCGUGCGAGAGGGGCGCGUUUGGCCGGCCUCGCGGGCGGCGGAUCCCUGGCUGCAGCUGCUGCUGCUGCGUGAGGGAGUAGAGGAAGGGCCAUUCCCGCGGCGCGGCCUCUCCCGAUGGGCCUCCGCCUGGCGGGGCAAUGGCUGCUCUUUACCAGAGCGCGGACCCGUCGGCCUCGGCCUCCCCUAACAAGCUGCUGGCGCUGAAGGAUGUCCGGCAGGUGAAGGAGGAGACCACCUUGGACGAGAAGCUCUUCCUGCUCGCCUGCGACAAAGGUGACUUUUACAUGGUGAAGAAACUAUUAGAAGAGAAUAGCUCUGGUGAUAUGAACAUAAAUUGUGUGGAUGUGCUUGGGAGAAAUGCUGUUACCAUAACUAUUGAAAAUGAGAAUCUAGACAUACUACAGCUGCUCCUGGAUUAUGGCUGUCAGUCUACAGAUGCACUCUUGGUGGCCAUUGACUCAGAGGUUGUGGGAGCUGUAGAUAUACUCCUUAAUCAUCGACCCAAACGAACCAGUAGACCAACAAUUGUUAAAUUAAUGGAACGUAUUCAGAAUCCGGAAUAUUCAACAACAAUGGAUGUGGCACCAGUCAUUUUAGCUGCUCACCGUAACAACUAUGAAAUUCUCACUAUGCUAUUAAAGCAAGAUGUGUCACUACCCAAACCUCACGCUGUUGGCUGUGAAUGUACAUUAUGUACGGCCAAGAAAAAAGAUAGCCUUCGGCACUCCAGAUUUCGUCUUGAUAUUUAUCGAUGUUUGGCCAGUCCUGCCCUAAUAAUGUUGACGGAGGAGGAUCCAAUUCUGAGAGCCUUUGAACUUAGUGCAGAUUUAAGAGAACUAAGCCUUGUAGAAGUUGAAUUCAGAAAUGAUUAUGAAGAAUUAGCUCAACAGUGUAAAACCUUUGCUAAAGAUUUGCUUGCACAAGCACGGAAUUCUCGGGAGCUUGAAGUUAUACUCAACCAUACAGCAAGUGAUGAGCAUGUGGAUAAAAGGGGGCUGUUAGAAGACAGAAUGAAUUUGAGUCGCCUAAAGCUUGCUAUUAAAUACAACCAAAAAGAGUUUGUUUCUCAGUCUAAUUGCCAGCAGUUUCUCAAUACUGUCUGGUUUGGACAAAUGGCUGGUUACCGUCGCAAGCACACGUUUAAGAAGAUUUUGACUGUCUUGACAGUUGGCAUAUUUUGGCCAAUACUGUCUCUUUGUUACUUGUUGGCUCCAAAAUCUCAAAUAGGCCGAAUAAUUCACACUCCAUUUAUGAAAUUUAUUAUUCAUGGAGCAUCGUAUUUCACAUUUCUGCUCUUGCUUAACUUGUACUCACUUGUCUACAAUGAAGAUAAAAAAAAUACCAUGGGGCCAGAAUUGAGAAUAGACUAUCUUCUACUAUUUUGGCUAAUCGGAAUGGUGUGGUCAGAUGUUAAAAGGCUCUGGUAUGAAGGCUUAGAAGACUUCUUAGAAGAAUCCCGAAAUCAACUUAGUUUUGUCAUGAAUUCUCUCUAUUUGGCAACUUUUGCUCUCAAAGUAGUUGCCCAUAACAAGUUCCAUAAUUUUGCUGAGAGGAAGGAUUGGGAUGCCUUCCAUCCUACCCUGGUGGCAGAAGGUCUAUUUGCUUUUGCUAACGUUCUGAGUUACCUUCGACUUUUCUUCAUGUAUACAACAAGCUCUGUCCUAGGGCCACUUCAGAUUUCAAUGGGGCAGAUGUUGCAGGACUUCGGAAAAUUUCUUGGAAUGUUUCUUCUUGUGUUGUUCUCAUUCACCAUUGGGUUGACCCAACUGUAUGAUAAAGGGUUCACUGUGGAUGAAGAGAAGGACUGUGCUGGGAUUUUCUGUGAGCAGCAAAGCAAUGAUACCUUCCACUCAUUUAUUGGCACCUGCUUUGCCCUGUUUUGGUACAUAUUUCUUGCACACGUAGCCAUUUUUGUCACGAGAUUUAGCUAUGGCGAAGAACUGCAGUCUUUUGUGGGUGCUGUUAUUGUUGGCACAUACAAUGUAGUAGUUGUAAUUGUCCUUACCAAGCUCUUGGUGGCGAUGCUCCACAAAAGCUUUCAGCUGAUAGCGAAUCAUGAAGAUAAAGAAUGGAAAUUUGCUCGUGCCAAGCUCUGGCUUAGCUAUUUCGAUGAUAAAUGUACGCUACCACCACCCUUCAAUAUUGUUCCAUCUCCAAAGACUAUAUGCUACCUAUUUAACAGCCUCAGUAAGUGGAUCGGCUCUCAUACAUCAACUGGCAAAGUCAAGCGACAGAACAGUUUAAAGGAGUGGAGAAAUCUGAAGCAAAAGAGGGAUGAGAAUUACCAAAAGGUGAUGUGUUGCUUAGUUCAUCGUUAUUUGACUUCCAUGAGACAGAGAAUGCAAAGCACUGAUCAAGCGACUGUAGAAAAUCUCAAUGAGCUACGGCAAGACUUAUCAAAAUUCCGAAAUGAAAUGAGAGACCUGCUUGGGUUCCGGACUUCAAAGUAUGCUAUAUUUUAUCAAGAAACUAGGAAUCACGGUUUUAAAUAAAAUACCUAAAUUUAGACACCUUCAUUGGAAUAUUUUUAUUUUCAGCCCAAAUAAUAAAAGAUGAAAAUUU